UGUGAGCGCAAUUGUAGACGGCGCUGUGAGUGGAGAGACUGUUGCUCUCAGCACAUUACAUCAAGAAGAGGCUCUUAUCGUACGUCACCUGAACCAAGAUGUCAUCAACAUCCCAAAAACAUAAAGAUUUUGUGGCCGAGCCCAUGGGCGAGAAGUUAGUAAUGGCUCUUGCCGGCAUCGGAGAGGUUCUCGGAAAGCGUCUGGAGGAGAAGGGUUUCGAUAAGGCAUACGUAGUACUGGGCCAGUUCCUAGUCUUGAAGAAGGAUGAAGAGCUCUUUCGUGAUUGGUUAAAAGACACAUGCGGGGCCAAUGUCAAACAGCAAGGUGACUGCUACGGCUGCCUUCGAGAAUGGUGUGACUCCUUCCUGUAGACGAUGUAGGUCCAUUUUUUUAAUACAUAUAAAUUAAUAUAAUUCACACUUGUUUUACCUCUGAAGUCCACAGGCCUACUGUGCUGACUGGUUGUGAAUAAUCCUGGUUUGGUAGUGAUAGCAUUGAACCAUAGCCCCAUAGGGCAACGGGUAAACUCGGCUAGUUUACCACAACUUGUCAUCCGCAAUGUCAGUCUACCUUUAUGUCUAAUUUAGCUCCAGACUGUAUGCCGAGUAUCUGCGUAUAACUGGAGAGGGCCUUGCUUUGAUAUUUUU